AUGGGCUGGAUUUUUCUGAUUGGUCUGAACAAGUCCAAUUUCCAAUUUCACCUUGGUAUCUUGGAUCUUGAUUUGGCACUUCAAGUUCAAAAACCUACUGCUAUUACUAUUCUUAGUAGCAAUAAAGAAAAAGCUCAUUAUAAAGCUUGGGAAAAGUCAAACAGACUUAGUCUUAUGUUUAUGCAGAUGAGCAUAGCAAACAGUAUCAAGUCAGCUCUUUCCAAGUCUGAUAAUGCUAAAGAAUUUAUGAAACUUGUGGAACAACGCUCCCAAACUACUGAUAAGUCUCAUGCUGGGACGUUAAUGGGUACUUUGACCACCAUGAAAUUUGAUGGUUUUCGUACUAUGCAUGAGCAUGUCAUUGAAAUGACAAAUAUUGCAGCAAGACUUAAGUCAUUGGGGAUGGAAGUGGAUGAAAAUUUUCUUGUGCAGUUUAUUUUAAACUCAUUACCGUCUGAAUAUGGUCAUUUUCAAAUGAACUAUAAUACCAUGAAAGAUAAAUAG